CCCUCCGGCAAACUUUCGGCCGCCGCAACGGAAGCAGGAACUCGUGAACCACAAACCCGAGGCUAAGCGCGAGCUGCGGAGCCUCGGAGCCACUAGCAGACCCGCCGCUGCUUCCCGGAACGUGCGGGGCUGCCCAGGACCUCGGCCUCCCGUUGCCAGAGAGAAAUUCCAUCAUCUGUACCAUCUUCUUGAAGCAGACUCAAGCAGGAGGGACAGUUUAUCUGACCUUUGAUGACUAAGACUAAGCUGAAAUUUAACAUGUUCUUCCGGGGAGGAUGGAGCUUGACUUACACUUUUGUAAUAAUUUGUUUCCUGACACUAAGACUAUCCACCAGUCAAAACUGCCUCACUGAGAGCCUUGAAGAUGUGGUCAUUGACAUCCAGCUGUCUCUUUCCAAGGGAAUCAGAGGCAAUGAGCCCAUACAUACAUUAACUCAACAGGACUGCAUUAAUUCUUGCUGCUUGACAAAAAACAUAUCAGGGGACAAAGCAUGUAACUUGAUGAUCUUCGACACUCAAAAAAAAAUUAAACUACCCAACUGCUACCUGUUCUUCUGUCCCAGCGAGGAAGCCUGUCCCCUGAAACCAGCAAAAGGACUUAUGAGUUACAGGAUAAUUCGAGAUUUCCCAUCUUUGGCCAAAACUGAGUUGCCAAGCCCAGGUGUAGCCCAGGAAAACUCCCUCUUCCCUGGCGCAUCUUCCCAUGAUAUCACUCCCACUCCCCAGCCUCCAACCCGUGACUCAGAGCCCACGGUCUUAUGGAGAGAUUCACUUUCUCAGACGUCUGGAUCCUCAGAUCACUUGGAGAAACUACUCAAGGUUGCUGCAGAGAGUCCACCAUCACCUGAUUAUAAAGAAGAAGGCCACUCUCAGACGUCACAGUCUUCCUCAGGACCAGCAAUAGCUAAUCUAUUGCCUGAGAACGUGACAGCGUUCCCCUCUACGAUGGCGGUGUCUUCUCUGCACACCAUCCUGGCCACUCCGAAGUCUCUCUCCGCAUCCCUCCCCGUCACCAACACGGCAGUGAUGCCAUCUCUGACUUGGCAGCCUCAGAGGGCCACCUCCGCCCCACCCGCAGCCAUGAUCACUAGCCCGACCACAACUGUGGUUUUGACUUCCACCUCUAGGGCACCCGCGGACUCGCGAGGCCCACCGGUCACGGUGCCCUUUCGAGACAUCGCCAAUCUGACUUGGAGCACAGAGGAUGCCAGGGCCUCCGUGACAUUUCCUUUGUCAAAUGUGGAGUAUCCCGCUACAAAUACGACAGCUUCCCAGGAGAAGGCGAAGGCCGGUGCAGAUGAGCCCGCCCUGAGCAGUGCUCCAGGAAGCCAGCAAGGCCUUGCCUUUGAGCAGUGGCUCCUGAUUGGGACUGUGCUCUUCGGGGUCCUCUUUCUUGCCAUAGGCCUGGUCCUCUUGGGCAGAAUGCUCCUAGAAUCCCUCCGCAGAAAACGUUACUCGAGGCUUGAUUAUUUGAUCAAUGGCAUCUACGUGGACAUCUAAGGAGAACACGGGGUGUCUCUUAAUUCAUGUAGUUACUGCUAGCCUCACUGCGGCGAGUUUCUGCUGACCUUCUGAUCUUCGCAGGAUUUUUCAAGUGUUUUGAAGAUAGGCAGAUGCCUCUUACUGCAUUCUUUUUGCUUGUUCUUUGAAGAGAAAGGGGGCAAAGAAAUAAAUGGGGUGGCAUGAGUGAUCUGUCUCUAA